AUGGUCGACACAUUACACCCUCCGCCUUCGGUCGUUGCCUCAUGGCCGCGGCCCGACUAUGUCGACCCUGACACACGAGGUCCCGCUCUCGAAUACAUCUGCAUCAUAUUCAGUGCGGUGGCAGUGGUUGUCCUCGCGGCUCGACUUUAUUCGCGCCUAUUCAUCACAAGGGCACCCGGACUAGACGACCUGCUAGCAGUCCUCGCUCUUUUCGCCAGUAUAGCUCUUUCUGUGCUGGUGAUUAUCGGCAACAAGCUCUACUACAGUGGACGACAUGUAUGGGACAUUCCACCAUCAACCUUUGUUCCGCACCGGAUCAACGUCUGGGCCAGCAUGUGGUGUUAUGUGGUUGCCGCGACUUUGAUCAAGAUCAGUGUGCUCUUGUUCUACCGACGACUGAGCGUCAAGUUCAGCCGAAUUUUUCUCGUUGCUACUUGGUUGGGAAUUGUCUACAACGUCUUGUAUUUGGCCGGCUUUGGGUUGACGCUGUUGCUCAUCUGUGAUCCUGUCCGGGCAUAUUGGAAACAGUUUGACUUUUCCUGGGCUGCUAGUACCUCAUACAAAUGUGGUGCUGAAAGCGUGGCACUGCCGGCUUCAGCGGGACUCAGUGUCCUUGGCGAUCUGUAUAGCACUCUCCUGCCAUUGCUGCUGAUCUUCAACCUUGAUCUUCCUCUACGACAAAAGGCCGCGCUGUACUCGCUUUUCGCGCUAGGAUUUCUGGCCAUCAGUGCGGGUAUCGUGAGGACAUUGCUGUUGUACAACAUGUUGAACACGGACUAUGAUUUCACCUGGGUCUUGUGGGAAACCUGGAUUUGGGCCGUUGUGGAAUUGAACGUGGCUCUUUUUGCCGCCAGUGCGCCUGCGCUCAAGCCUUUUUUCCGCUGGUUCUUUGUGGACUCGAUCGGAGGAAGUAUUAUUGGGCGCAUGGCGUCGCGACAAUGGUGGGCAAGCAGGAGGAGCGGAACUGGAACUGGAACACAGACAAGAGACGCGAAUCACACUGGAGCAUGGCCCUUGUAUUCUUCCAACGAUGCAGGGCCGGUCGACCUCGAAAAAGAUCCCGAUCCCACGAUAUACUACUAUGGCGAUAGUAGUCGAGGGGAAGGGCCAGCCAGUCCGCAGAAAAGUUCUUUUUUGUACGACAUGGAACACCAUGAAACAAGACACUUUGAGCUCCGGACGAGUCGUGAUGGCAAGACCAAAAUUCCCAUGCAGGUCUACAAGGGGGAACAAAGUAUAAGCGGCAGCAGCAACGCCGACAUGUCUAUGCCUUUGUCUAUGCCUUCGAUUCUUGUGCUUGGCGAAAACGAAAUCGAAAAACAAUUCAGUUUCCAGCACCACCACCAGACUGGACAGGACCAUGAUGACAACUGGCCUUUAUCAGCGAGUGCGAGUCCGGAUCCGAGAAAUUUUGCUUCCAGAGACCAGUUGAGACCUGUUGGUGUUGGACAACAACCCGGAAGGAAGACAUCCCCUGUCGGAAGUGCGCAACAGCAGCGGACCGUGUUGACGCCUCAAUGGCAUACUGCUGGGACCCAAAGGUUCAGGCAGUUGGGGCCUGAUCUCCGCUCCCCCUCUGGCGAGGACAAUGACAACAGCAUGCAUGGUGGGUCGAGGCUGGAGUCACCGAGUGUCUCGGACCUCGACGUGGAUUCAGUUUUCUAUCUUGAAAAGCCGCCUUUGAACACGAUCCGGUCGUCGAGCAGUAGCUCGAGUAAUGGUAGUGACGAUGUUAGUACGUUGCAUUUACCCCGGAUGGGAUAA